UGUGCCUCUUUCUCCAGAUCAGCAGCGCUAACUGGAGGAUUUCGAAAUGUUUCAGACAGGGUUGACACUGUGUGGUGUCGCGGAAGCCUCCCGUGGGGACAAAUUUAAGCGCGCGGGUGUUUAUCACAAUCGAGGGCCAGAAAAAAUGUGAGCAAAAGCCUCUGAUUGUACGCACAUAUAAUCAUGGCACCACCAAAUGCCCAUGCAAGAUCUGUAACGAUCAGACGCAUACCUGAGGAAGCGUCUGAUUCAGCUCCUCAAUCAGAUCAUGCCUCCGAGUCUGGGUCCUCCCACAACUCUUCCGAUUCCGAUUCUCUCGAUAGCAACGCCUCCCGGAAAAGAAGGAAAACCUCCCCAAUUGAAGACAAUGCGCCACCAAUCCACAUAACAACCGCGCCCUCACGAGUAAAGCCGAGGAUCCAGAGUGAUGUUGUCCAUGGAAAGACCAACAAUGGCGCAGUGCUUGCUCCUACAGACCCCCACGCUUCUUUCGCAUCGUUGGAUGUUAAGCCAUGGCUCGUACAAUCCUUGGAUGCUAUGGCGAUUAAGAGGCCAACUGGAAUUCAAAAGGGAUGCAUACCUGAAAUAUUGAAGGGGAGAGAUUGUAUAGGAGGAAGUAGGACAGGUUCGGGAAAGACUGUUGCUUUUGCGGUUCCCAUUUUGCAGAAAUGGGCUGAAGAUCCGUUUGGGAUCUUUGCUCUAGUUCUGACCCCUACAAGAGAACUUGCACUGCAGAUAUACGAGCAAUUCAAGGCUAUUUCGUCUCCUCAGCAGCUGAAGGCAGUCCUGAUUACUGGAGGAUCCGAUAUGCGUCCACAAGCAACGGCUCUUGCCCAACGACCUCAUGUUGUGAUUGCGACGCCGGGCCGAUUGGCAGAUCAUAUACGCACCUCUGGGGAGGACACGAUAUGUGCUCUGCGGAGAGUUCGAAUGGUGGUCCUUGACGAAGCGGAUCGAUUGUUAGCAAGUGGAAGUGUUGGAAGCAUGCUGCCAGACGUUGAAGAAUGUCUAUCAGUUCUUCCUCCGCCAGCAAAACGACAAACUCUCCUCUUUACGGCUACCAUCACACCCGAAGUACGAGCUUUGAAGGAGAUUCCUAGAACACCAGGAAAGCCGCCAGUCUUCAUUUGCGAAGUCGAUACUCAGGUAUUGGCAAUUCCAGCUUCUCUCAAGCAGAUGCAUCUCCAACUUCCAGUCACACAUCGAGAACAUUACCUCCACAUGUUCCUCCUCACCGAUGUUAACCUCCCAAAAUCUGUCAUCAUCUUCUGUAACCGCACCGCCACAGCAGACUACCUAACGCAUCUCCUCCGUCUUCUUGAACAUCGAGUCACAGCAUUGCACUCCAAGCUCCCACAACGCCAAAGAAUUGAUAAUCUCGGCCGCUUCCGUGCUUCAGCUGCAAGAAUUCUCGUUGCUACGGAUGUAGCCGCUCGAGGUCUCGAUAUUCCUGAAGUUGGACUAGUAGUCAAUUACGAUAUUCCCCGGGAUCCAGAUGAUUACAUCCAUCGCGUGGGACGAACGGCCAGAGCUGGGAGAAAAGGUAAAGCUGUGACCUUUGUUGGACAAAGAGACGUGCAAUUGGUGCAAGCUAUCGAGGCCCGAGUGGGUAGACAAAUGGAAGAAUGGAAAGAAGAAGGUGUGAACUUAACCACGAGGGUUACGAAAGAGGCAUUGAAGCUCGUGGGAGAGAAGAAGCGUGAGGCGCUGCUCGAGAUAGAAGAGGGUCGAGAAGUCGGAGGCAAGCGAAAAAGGGGCAUGCAAAAGCUGCGAGCGAAUUAGACACAAACCCUUCAGCAUGCAGCAGUUCUGCUCCACCAAUCAUGUCAUGCCCCUCGCCUAAUUCUUGUUUGCCCGAGUACACUGUCAGAGACAUAGAUACCCAA